AUGAGCCAUAGGCAUGUCAUCAAGCUGGUCGGAACGUAUACACAAGGAGCAGAGCUGGGGUUACUCAUCUGGCCGGUGGCGGUCUGUGAUCUCGCGACUUUCAUGGAUGACAUCGAUGUUCUCCGCGGAAGCCUCACAGAUCUGGAGACAGGUGGUAUCGAGAACAGCCAAAUAUCGUCGAUCAUGAGUCGUCUUGGAUCCCUCUGUCCAGAGACAGAUCCCAGGACGGAUGCAUACGUUGCUGCAGUAUCGCGACUAUCGGCCUGCUUCGGAUGCCUCAUCGGCGCUAUCGACUACGUUCAUGGCCAACGUAUCCGACACAAAGACAUCAAGCCUCACAAUAUACUGCUCUCCAACGGUGGCUUGUGGCUUGCGGACUUCGGGAUUUCAUCGGACUUCUCGGCACAUUCGAACAGUCAAAGCGAGGCGAUCGAGCGCGGCACAUUCAGAUACUUCGCACCAGAAGUGGCGGUAUACGAAAAGAGUGGGCGUGCUGCUGAUAUCUUCUCUCUUGGUUGCAUAUUCCUCGAGAUGAUGGCUCUGAUCAAAGGUGUACCUCUUGAAGAGCUCAAAGAUUCCUGUCCGGAACAAAGAGGCUCAUUUCAGGCAAACCUACAGCACAAGCAAGCAUGGUUCAAGUUGCUAAGAACUAGAAAUACGCAGCUACAGCACUUGCUAUGCGAGAUCGAAAACAUGAUGGAGAAGAAACCACAUUUACGGCCGUCAGCCCACACGCUGGAUAAGCACCUGGCAGUUAUCAGUCAGCUAGGAAAGGCGCGCUCGCCGUUGUAUGGUCCAUGUUGCAAGCCCGAGCAUCUCAUGGCGACGAUAUCACACAUGGAAGCAGAGAUUCAAGACAUGAAAUUGGGUCUCAGAGAAAGAGAUCACUAUAUCGAUGAUCUACUGGCUUUGAGUUCACCGCCAGUCUCGCAGACUCCCCAAUGUUUGCCACGUCCCCCGAUGGGUUCGAAUCGUGUUAUCAUGGCCCCGCCUCCUUCUCUGAUCCCGACGAUCAAUGGUGCCCGUCGGAUAGCUCAUAAGCUGGCGGUUCAGGAACAUAUCGAGGAGAGUGGAGUAUGA